AUGGGCGUGGGCUACGAUAGCGACGAGAACACCGUUGAAGAGUGUCCGCUGGCCGACGGACUGCGACUGGUGGCCAAACAGGAAUUGCGCGAAGAUGACGUCAUCAGGACGCACUCGUUGAGAGCAAUGCGAAACUGGAUAAGGAAACACCCGGACAUCGUCAACUGCCGCACAGAUGCACCAUUUCUGUUGAGGUUUUUAAGAACGAAAAAAUUCAGCGUUCCCAUGGCUCAAGACAUGCUGGAACGGUACCUCGUCAUUAGACAACUGUACCCACAGUGGUUCUCCAAACUAGACGUCGACGAUCCAGUCAUAUCCGACAUACUGGACAGCGGAUACCUAGUGCCGUUGCCAGGCCGAGACGAAUUCGGCAGGUGCGUAAUGUUCUCGUGCGCCGGCCGUUUCGACCCAUACAAGUACACGUCGGCGGACAUGGCCCGCGUGCAUGCGCUAAUCGGCGAGAGCCUUAUGGACGACGCCGAAAACCAGAUCAAAGGCUACAGUUAUGUCAACGACGAGUCUGGAUUGCUGAUGGGACACAUGACGCUGUGGUCGUUCUCUGACCUAAAACGCAUCAUACGGUGUUUGCAAAGUUCGACACCGAUGAGACACAAGUCCACGUACUUCAUAAACGUCCCGAAUUUCGCGGAUAAGUUCUUCACAGCUACGGUUUCGUUUUUAAACUCCAAGCUCAAGAGCCGAGUUAAGUUUUACAGCGGUCAAAAAGACAUACAGAAAUUCAUCGAUCCCAAAUACCUACCGAAGGAGUACGGCGGUGAAGUACCUUUGGCCACGAUGAUAGUCGAGCUGAAGAAGAAACUCCGAGCCAAACGUGAAAUGUUAAUGGCUCUAGAUGACAUGAAAAUCAACGUCAACGGAAAAGGAAAAAUAAUUAGUGAAUUCGACGAUAUGCAAAAAGAACUAACCGGAUCAUUCAGAAAAUUGGAGGUCGAUUGA